UAGUGUAAGAGAGGCAGUGUGCGAGGGGACUGCAAAAAAAAAAAAACUACCAAACACUCAUAACAAAACAGAAACUUGGAAAUAAUUUCUGUCGACCUUCUGUCUGGUUGUUCGAAGGCUACGAGACGAAAUACAGAUUUGAGUCUGCAGGGAACGUAUUUUAAAACUGAUACUGCGGCACGGAGAUAGGCAGGUUUCCAUGGUGCAGCACUGCAUGGCGUCCUCAUUCCACUGCUGGAAUGACAUCACUCUGGACUCUGAUGCCAGAUGCCUGCAGCAGUGACCAUCUCCCUGUGCUUCCUAGAUGUGUUUGGCUCGCUGCUGAGGACUGUGGACAAGAGGAGCCAUUGAAGACGAAGCUUUAAUUCCUCACCCCCCUCCCCCCAACCCCCCGUGGGCUGUCCUGUUUCCUGUCUGGUCACGGUGAAGGCCGAGGCCUAGCAGAGUGGUCAGUGCAGGUCCCGCCACGCGGCGGCCGUGUCACCAGGUCGUCCAGGAGCCCCGUCCUCUGCCCAGAUUCUGUGAGGAUGAUGAGGGGUCUGCUCCGCACCGCCAUUCUCAUGACCUCCUUCCUGCUCGCGCUUGGAGCCCAAGGCGGGCAGAACCCAGACUACGUGCUCCAAGGCACGGGGGCCAAGCUGGGCUCUGACCCCAGGCGGCCCCCCCAGGGCCUGGGCGAGGGGGCGACAGUGGCCCCCGAGGACGCCCCGCGAUUCCUCAGCUGCUACUGCUCCGGCCACUGCCCCGAAGAUGCGACCAACAACACCUGCGAGACUAAUGGGCAGUGCUUUGCAAUCAUUGAAGAGGAUGAGCAUGGAGAGGCCAUCCUGACAUAUGGCUGCAUGAAGUAUGAAGGGUCCCAUUUCCAGUGCAAGGAUUCCCCCCUUGCUCAGGCCAGACGGACCAUCCUGUGCUGCCAGACCAACUCCUGCAACCGCGACCUGCGACCGGAGCUGCCCCCACCCGUCACACAAGGCCCACCCUUCAGCAGCACCUACUGGCUCGCCUUCCUGAUAUCUGUGACCGUUUGUGUCUGCACGCUUUUCGCCAUCAUGUUAGUCUGCUACUACAGGUACAAGUGGCAGGCGGAGAGGCGGCGCUACCACAGAGAGCUGGCCCAGGACGAGGCCUUCAUCCCGGCAGGGGAGUCCCUCAGAGACCUCAUCAGUAAUUCCAGCACCGGCAGUGGUGCAGGGCUCCCCCUACUGGUGCAGCGGACCAUCGCCAAGCAGAUCCAGAUGGUGCGUCAGAUCGGGAAGGGGCGCUACGGGGAGGUAUGGCUGGGGCGCUGGCGCGGCGAGAAAGUGGCCGUCAAGGUGUUCUUUACCCGAGAGGAGGCCAGCUGGUUCCGGGAGACGGAGAUCUACCAGACCGUCCUCAUGAGGCACGAGAACAUCCUGGGAUUCAUUGCGGCGGACAUCAAAGGCACGGGCGUGUGCACGCAGCUCUUCCUGAUCACGGACUACCACGAGAACGGCUCGCUGCACGACUUCCUGCGCCUGGCGACGCUAGACUCGGGCACCCUGCUGCGGCUGGCGUACUCGGCGGCCUGUGGCCUGUGCCAUCUGCACACGGAGAUCUACGGCACGCAGGGCAAGCCCGCCAUCGCCCACCGCGACCUCAAGAGCAGCAACAUCCUGGUGAAGAGGAAUGGGGCCUGCUGCAUCGCCGACCUGGGGCUGGCCGUCAAGUACAACAGUGACACCAACGAGGUGGAUGUCCCGCUCAGCACGCGUGUGGGCACCAAGCGCUACAUGGCCCCCGAGGUCCUGGACGACACCCUGAACAAGAGCCAGUUCCAGGCCUACAUCAUGGCUGAUAUCUACAGCUACGGCCUGGUGCUCUGGGAGAUGGCCCGGCGCUGCGUCACUGGAGGCAUCGUGGAGGAGUACCAGCUGCCCUACAGUGGCAUGGUGAGCUCCGACCCCUCCUUUGAGGACAUGAGGGAGGUCGUGUGCAUCAAGGGCCUGCGGCCGACAGUGUCAAACCGCUGGAACAGUGACGAGUGCCUGAGGGCGGUUCUGAAGCUGAUGUCAGAGUGUUGGGCGCACAACCCCGCCUCCCGCCUGACUGCCCUGCGGGUAAAGAAGACUCUGGCCAAAAUGGUAGAGUCUCAGGACAUAAAAAUCUGAGCUGCUCCGCUGCAGGGGGAGCCGGACCUUAUUUCUGACAAUGUGGAUAUGAAUUACUGCGGGGGGGGCAGGCUUUGGCAAAGGCCCUGCCCCUGAUUUCCUGCAGCAACCCCUAUAGGCAGUGCACCAAGAGCACCCCCUGCUGGACAGGGCACUCUGGACCAGGUCUGCAAAGCCAGGCUGGGGGGAAGCUCCGUGCCCUCGUUGGAUGGGAAUGCUGUUGCCAGGGGCAACAGAACCGGUUCUGCCACCCCAACCCUUCCACCCUCUCUGACCACCGGCACCGUGUGGGGAUGAGUGAGGAUGACCUCGUUGCUUUCUGUGAAAGCCACGUGUCACGACACGUCAUGACAUGCCAGGGACGCGUGAACGAGGAGCUGGCUUGUGCAAGAUCAGCUGCUGAGGUCACUCGGCGCUCACUCUAUUCUCGACUGCACUCGGUCCAGGCGGUUAACCGCGGUGCUCAGAGGGACCGCCUCUGUUAUAGGACCAGCCCGCCGCAUCACAGGAACGCUUGACCAUUGAGCCCUCCUCCAGCAGCAGGAGGAAAUGGCUCUGUCGGGAAAAAAAAUGUUGUUAAAUGUUAAAGUUUAUUGAACUGCUAAAAUAUAUCUGGGGAAAAAUGUGGAACAUAAUAUUCUAUUUAAGAAAUAAUAACCUUCAUAGAAUUUUUAAAAAUCUUCAUCUGUCUGCUCUGUGCCGGUAUGUUUGUGCUUUCAUUCUUGGGAGAAGUGCAUUGUUUGGGAGGGAGACCAGCCAGAACAUGUUACAUUUGUCUUGCAAUGUGUGUAAGAGGUUUUAUUUAAAUGUUGUGUAUUGAAAGACUUCAGAGUAACAUUACAGAGGAUCAUGAUCAGGAAAGGUCAAAGGUCACUCUAGUGUGCCACAACCAUCCCUAGUGCAGGACAUUUUUCAAUUUGUUGAAUUUUGUGCUUGUGGUUAUUACUAAUACACUGUGGGGACACCAUACUAAAGAUCAAAAGCAUCAGUUCAUAGGUUUCAUAUUAUGUAUCGCACAUCUCUGUAGGAAAGACAUAUUUGUAGCAGUAAUUAUGCAGCCAUAAACUGAGCAAGGCUACACAAGGGUUAAAGCUGCAUGUCUGUUUCAGGCCAGGGGGAAAUACAAGUAUUGCAUGGCUCAGAUAGAGUAGAGAAACACAGGAAGAGUAAGACCCUUAUUUACUAAGUGGUAACCUUUUGACAGUAAGCUCUGUAAAUAGUGUGCUUUUCAAGCAACUUCUCCGUGGCCAAAUAAGGACAUUCUGCAGGCUGAUGGUGUACACAGAUCAGCUGUACAGAUCACCAGCUGAGCAGUGUAAAACUGAUCCUACAUCAGUGCUCUUCAUAAUGCCAAGCCCGCAUCAGAUUCACGUUUUACCUUGAAGAGAUCCUGGGUUGGGUGGACUGGUAAGAACGCUUUAUUACUUUUUUAGCACAAGGGAAAGGCGUUUGUGGGUACGAUGAUUGGCAGCUGAACUGGGAUUACUGCUGCUGCGGACGAGUAUGUGCUCUCCCCCAGCAGACUGAUGGACUGCAUGAAUGAAAGGCGGAGCUUGUCCUGGGCCUGGUAAUUGCCUCCUGAUUGGUCCAGCUG